GUGAUUUUGUCCUACCAUCAGGACCUUGGCCAUGGCCCGCUGAAGUUGUACGGGACUGGGAUACCUGGUUUUCUAUGAGGAAGUUACAGCUGGAUCCUAUCUUGGAUGCUGUGCUAGGUAGUCAUGCUAUGACUACUCUAUGGGCCAGUGUAGGAAGGCCAAGGCCAGAUCCAGAUGUCCUGCAGGGUUCUUUGAAGCGGCUGCUAACAGAUGUUAUAUCACGUCCCUUGACACUGGGCCUAGGGCUUAGGGCCCUGGGGAUAGAUGUUGGGAAGACUGGGAGAUGCACGUUGCAUGUGGCUGGUGCUUCCCAUGUGGAGACACUUCUCUCUCGUUCUGGGGACUAUGAUGAGCUUGGAUACAUGUUUCCUGGACACCUUGGCCUCCAUGUAAUCAUGGUAGGUGUGGAUGUGGCUACUGACUUUUUACAGAGCACCUCAGCUUCAUCAUUGGAACCUGGCACAGUUCAGCUUGGUGGCCACAGAGGACUCUAUCAUGACUUCUGGGAGGAGCAGGUAGAGACUGGACAUGUAGCCCAUCCAGAUAUGGUGGUAGCAUUCCAUCCAGGUUUCCAUGCUUCCCCAAACUUGAUGGAGUCUUGGCUCCCUACUCUGCUGCUGCUUCGUGACUAUGAGAUCCCUACAUUGAUUACGCUUUACAGCAAACAGGAAUUGGCAGCCUCUUUACAGAUACUGGUGGACCUGGAUAUGCACAUCAUUGGCUAUGGAGCUAAUCCUUUCACAUCCCUCAAACCUGAACAGGUCUAUUCUAACCCCAACAAGCAGCCAGUAUACUGCAGUGCCUACUACAUAAUGUUUCUUGGAAGCUCUUCUUGCCAGCUAAAGGAAGGCAAUUAGAUAAUACAUGGUGGUAUUUAAAUAGCUAAACCAGAUCCUUACUGGAUACCAGGGAAAUAAGAAGACUGUGAUGAAGUUACACUGUUGAUGUCAGAUUGUGGCCAACUUUGAAAUAUCUCCUAAACUUUAUUUAUCACUCAAAUAAAGUGAAUGAGAGCAUCAAUAUUAUGUGACUCAUUUCUAACAACUUAGUCAUAGCUAGGUAUAGUGAUGCAUGUCAGUAAUCCCAGCACUCAGAAGGCUAAGGCAGAAAGAUCGCAAGUUGAAGGCUAACCUGGGCUACAUAGCAAGAUACUGUCUCAAAAGGAAAAAAAAAGUCUGAGGUUAGUCAAAGUAAUGACUAGACAUAGGUUUCUAGAGUUACUUGGUAUCAAGCAAUCAAAAAUCUAGAGUUCCUAAUAGUUUCCUUUGUGUGAAAGAUACCUAUUGAAUAGAACUGGAUGUCACUGAAAACAAGAAUGAGAACUACCUGAAUCUUCCUUCUGAAAAACACUUUCUGAUGUAACAAUUUGGGCUUAAAAAUGGAAGUGUUAAUUCAAGUCAACAAGUUUUGGUGACACAAAGAAAGUUGUAAGGAUCCUAUUUUCUUGAUUUGUUCUAGAGAAAUAUCUCUUUCCCCUUUGUCUUUUGGGCAGGGUGGGGGAGAGGGGAUUCUGACUUGAGAGAGGCCCUGGUAUUGUAUCUACAUAUCCCAGGGUAUAUCAGAUUUCACCUGUCCUGCAAUAAAAUUAGGUUUUCUGUU